AUGGCUGAUAAUCCUGAUAAUCUAGAAAUUAAAGAUAAUGACAGCGGUGGUAGUGGUAAAAAAAAAGAAUAUUAUAUUACAAUUAGCAAUGAUGGAGAAUAUAUAGCUAGACUUGAUUGUAGUAAGGAUGAAAGUUUAAGACUAAAAAUUACACGUCACGAAAAUUUUGAAUUGUUAAAUAAUGUCAGUGACAGUGAUAUAGGACAUGACAAAGUAAAGAUUGGUGAUAUUGUUAAAAAAGAGGAUAAUAAAAAACAAAAAGAAAAAACAAAAAGGGGUUAUAGAAAACUAGAAGAUCAAACAAAAGAGGGUAAUGGAGAACAAGAAGAAAAAAUAGAAAAGGAUAAUAAAAAACAAAAAGAAAAAUCAAAAUUGAGCUAUAGAAAACGAGAAGAACAAACAAAAGAGGAUAAUAGCAAACAGGAAGAACAAAUAAAAGAGGACAAUAGAAAACUUUUAAUUUGGUCAUUUUCUAUAUCAAAUAGGAUUUCUUUUAAUAAGAAACCAACAAUUUUAGUGGCAAUUUCAAGAGGUAAUGGAGAACAAGAAGAAAAAAUAGAAAAGGAUAAUAAAAAACAAAAAGAAAAAUCAAAAUUGAGCUAUAGAAAACGAGAAGAACAAACAAAAGAGGAUAAUAGCAAACAGGAAGAACAAAUAAAAGAGGACAAUAGAAAACUUUUAAUUUGGUCAUUUUCUAUAUCAAAUAGGAUUUCUUUUAAUAAGAAACCAACAAUUUUAGUGGCAAUUUCAAGAAUCAAAUUAAAAUAUCAAAAUAUGAAAGAACUUUAUCCCUUGCAUACACAACCUUAUAUAUUUGAAAAUGAUGAUGACAAUGAUGGAAUAAAAGAAAAAUCAUUUACUAUAUUUAAAGAAUUCAAUGCAAAUUCCAACUAUUCAAAUCAUUGGUAUCGUUGUGCAGACAAUGAUGCUGAUAAACAUAAAAUAUUUGACCCUUUCAAAAAACAUGAUGAUGUUAGCAAUUCAAAAAUUUCACUGUUAAUAGAUAAUAAGGAAAAAUUGGUUGAUAUUGAUCAAAUUAUACCAAUAGUAAAUAAUAAGGAACAAUGGGUUACUUGGGGUUUAGAUAAUGGGAGCAGCAAAAAAAUCCAAUGGCCUUAUCCAGAUCAAUAUGUAACACCUAUAAGACAUGCUUGUAAGGCUCUUGAGUAUCUUAAUUUUAAAAAAGAUUUAUUAGUAAGCUAUAAAAAACAACGUGGAUUUGAAGAAAUGUAUGAAUAUAUUGUAAAAAUUAUUUUGAAAUUCAUUAGAGACAAACCUGAAAUAUGGAGACUUAUGGAUACUCGUUAUGAGGUUAUGUCAAACCUUAUCAAUGGUGGAGUUAAUUCUCUUAUAAAGUAUAUUUUAUUUGGUAAAGAUCAAAUUGGAGACAAUAAUAAAGAAUUGGCUAGUAAUAGCAUAGGAAUAAAUUCUAAACUUAAAGAAGAUACUGAAAGCAACCUCUUGCAAAGUAGUGUAGAGAAAAUCCCUUGCUUUAAAAAAAAUGCUUUUGGAAAUCAAAAUAGAGCAUCACCCAACCUGUGUGUAGUACCACUUCCAAAUUUCACAGUUAAUAAGAUUGAAAAGAAAAAUGUUCAAAAAAAUGUUGUUAUAACUUGUCUCAGACGCCUUAUACUUCCUCAUAAGUAUAUUGAUGAUGCAUUUGGUAGUGUUAAACCUGAUCAAGGAACAAUUGCUGCUAUAUCUAUUUCAAUGUUAUUUCUUUGGAUUGAAUUUGUAACUUUCAUACCUUAG